AUGGCCAAGAACCUCCAGUCCAAGCUGAAGCCUACAGACAAGGUCUCCAUCUUCGACGUCAACCCUACGGCUGUGGAGGGUCUUUCGGCAGAGAUGAAGGCUGCGUCGUCGGGGGCUGCUGUUGAGAUUGCGGCGAGCGCGCAUGAUGCAUCUAAGACGGCUGACACCGUCGUCACUUGCCUGCCAGAGCCACACCAUGUCCGAGGCGUCUACGAGUCCAUCCUCACAGAGUCACUCCCAAAGAAGGAUCGCAUCUUCAUCGACUGCUCAACAAUCGACCCGACAACAUCACGGCAAGUCGCCCAAUCCGUAUCAGAAGCCGGACAAGGCACCUUUGUCGACGCGCCCAUGUCAGGUGGCGUUGUCGGCGCCACAGCAGGCACGCUGACGUUUAUGCUGGGCGCCGAUGCCAGCAUCCUCCCUCGAGUCGAGCCCACGCUGUUCCUAAUGGGCCGCAAGGUGUUGCACUGUGGCGACCAGGGCGCCGGCCUGUCUGCAAAGCUGGCAAACAACUACCUCCUAGCCCUCAACAACAUCGCGACAGCCGAGGCUAUGAACCUGGGCAUCCGAUGUGGUCUGGACCCCAAGACGCUUGCCGACGUGCUGAAUGUGAGCACGGGAAGAUGCUGGCCCAGCGAGGUCAACAACCCCGUAAAGGGCGUCAUCGAGACGGCACCUGCUGGCCGUGACUACCGCGGAGGAUUUGGCAUAUCGCUCAUGAGAAAGGAUCUUCGACUGGCUCUGGUUGCUGCUGAGUCGGCACAGGCCAAGACGGAGCUGGGAACAUUGGCGUUUGACAUGUAUGACAAGGCGGCGCAGCGUGAAGACUGCAAGGACCGCGACUUUUCGGUCGUGUAUAGAUAUCUUGGAGGGAAGGAGGAGUAG